AUGGAGGACACCAAUGGUCUCGACGUCUUUAUCUCUUCCGACGCACAUCUACAGGUGCAGAACGCUGGACAGGCCGAGGUCGACUCAAACGUCAAGACGAACGGCAGCCCAGUAAUCUCUCCCGCGUCCCCGGAGCCUUGCAAGCCAUCCCCUCAAAGGGAAACAGCUUACAAACUUCGGCUCAUAAUGAGCGGGCAUUCCAGAUCAAUCUCCUCUCUCAAAUUUAGUCCCGACGGGUCUAUGCUAGCUUCGUCUGCUGCCGAUAAAUUAAUCAAGAUAUGGGACAUUGAAGGAGGUGCUAUCCUGCACACGCUCGACGGGCACACAGAGGGUAUCUCUGACAUUGCGUGGUCGCCCGAUGGUGAAUUCAUUGCAUCGGCCUCUGACGACAAGACCAUCCGUCUUUGGAGUCUUGAGACAAUAUCUACAGUCAAGGUACUGAAGGGGCAUACAAACUUCGUGUUCUGCGUGAACUUCAAUCAGAAGUCGAACCUGUUGGUGUCGGGAGGGUUUGACGAAACAGUGCGUGUAUGGGACGUUGGGAGAGGUAUGACAUUGAAGACACUACCGGCCCAUUCUGAUCCUGUCACCGCUGUCGUAUUCAAUCAUGACGGAACACUUAUUGCGUCGUGUGCAAUGGAUGGCCUGAUUCGUAUCUGGGAUGCGGAGUCAGGACAAUGUUUGAAGACCCUAGCCGACGAUGAUAAUCCCAUAUGUUCUCAUAUCAAGUUCACUCCAAAUUCACAAUUCAUCCUUGCUUCCACACAAGACUCAACCAUACGCCUCUGGAACACGCAAACAUCGCGAUGUGUCAAGACAUACACAGGUCAUACCAACAGGACUUACUGUCUAUCAGCAGAUUUUGCUCCAGGAGCGAAACACAUCUGCAGUGGAAGCGAAGAUAUGAAGGUGUACAUUUGGAAUCUGCAAACAAGGGAAGUGAUUCAGGUCUUAGAAGGUCACAGAGAUGUUGUAAUCGCUGUUGCGGUACAUCCGAGAAAACCUAUGAUUGCUUCGGCAUCCAUGGAGAAGGAUCUAACGAUCCGGGUAUGGAUAGACGAUUCGUUGUAG